CGAUAUAAGUGUAGACUGAUAAGAGCCGGAUUUCCUGAUUUCUAGAAGAGGCAGCGAAAUUUAUUUAGCGCAUUUCCCGGAGAGCGAGGGCGUGGGGGAUGAAAAAAGAAAGACACCCUGCAAAGUCAAUCGAUAAUUCUCUGGUUUUUUAUUUAAUAUUCUAAUAAUUUCUGGUGAAUUCUAAUGCACGAUGAUUUCUUGUAGGACUUUAGUCUCUCGUUCCGCGUGUUUUUCCAUUUUUUUGGAAGUCGUGACUUUUAGACAAUGACUAAUGAAAACUUUUACAAUAGUCAGAAAUGUAUUGUAUAGGUGGGGAGCUUUUUGUUGAACGUUGUAAAACUUUUCGUAUUUUUUCGAAGCUUUAUUUGGAUUACCAAUCGCCAAAUGAACUGUCUAGAACCGUCACGAACUUGCGGAGAAACAGACGUCUCCAAUUAUAUAGAGUGAGAGGAGUUUAUUCGAGGUGAGUUAGGAGUCCCUUCGGAGUCUUUCUUUAUUUGUCGGGAAUUUUAAUGAAAUAUUACGUGACUUUCACAGAUGAACUCUGAUAGAAAAAUGGAUUAAUGUGAAUUACUGUAUUUGCCUUAUUUUCGCAACAAUUUAAUGCGAUAAAUUUCCAAAUAACGUACAACAUAUUUUUGCAACAGUUUUAACUUCAAUUUAAGUUUUAGUUUCAUUUAGAUCGCGAUCCCAGAAAUCCCGUGAUAAAUAAGAAAACCGUUAAACUAUGGAAAGGGGAAAUUAAAUAAUUCCUCAAGGCUCUGGGUGUUUCCUUGUAAAACACAGUUUCCUUCGUGAAACUUUAAUUUUAAAGCCAUUAUUCCGGAGAAACCGUCAGAUUCGCUGCGCACAAAUGAGGAGUAACAACUCCUGUUGUGAAAGGUGAAAUGGUCGACAAUCUCGUUUCGACAAGCUGAUGUCGGCAACAGGUGGUAAGCCAAACAAAACCCGAGUGGCCCUCUUCGUUAGUGAAAACUUUGGAAAGAAAAAUGAACUGCUUGCGUGGGUGCCACCGGACUGGCGACCUAAGCCCAGUAUCUUGGACAGAAUCGAGGACGAGGGGGUGAGGGAAUGGAUUAUCAAGCUCAAUUUCAUCUGGAGAAAUCUGUCGAGGACAGUUCAUCCGGAUGUCAUGAGAUAUCCACACAGACACAGUCUUAUACCAGUGAAAAAUGGAUUUAUCGUGCCCGGUGGGCGGUUUAGGGAAUUUUAUUACUGGGACACGUACUGGGUUAUCGAGGGUCUACUCCUCUCGGGUAUGGAAAAAACAGCAAAGGGAAUGCUUGAGAAUUUUCUGUCAAUGGUCGAGGAGUACGGUUUCGUUCCCAACGGAGGGAGGAUUUAUUAUUUAAUGAGAAGUCAGCCUCCACUACUCAUUCCCAUGGUGAAGAAAUACGUCGACUCUACUAAUGAUACUAAAUUUAUAUCCGAACACUUGCCACUGCUGGAGAGGGAGUUUCAAUAUUUUCAUCACGGCAAAAGUGUGAGUUUUAUUAAAGGGCGUAAAAUUUAUAGAAUGGCCCAUUACGUCGUUACCAGCAAGGGACCCAGACCCGAGAGUUAUUGGGAGGACUACGAAGAGGCGCGAAGACAUGUUAAACACAUAGAGGAACAGAUAUUUUACGACGGAAUAAAAGCAGGUGCCGAGAGUGGCUGGGACUUUUCAGCACGUUGGUUUAUUUCCAAAGGUCCUGGAUUUGGGAAUCUCUCCGACAUUUCAACUCGCAAUAUUAUACCAGUCGAUCUGAAUGCAUUCCUACAACGCAAUGCACGGCUUCUCUGUGAAUUCAACCGAAUGCAGGGGAACACUCGAAGGGCGAAAUUUUACGAAGACAUUGCCGCAACGUAUCAGCGCGGUAUUGAUCAGGUACUGUGGAAUGAGGAUGAAGGUAUUUGGCUAGAUUACGACAUGAAAAAUGCACGACCAAGAGAUAUCUUUUAUCCAACGAAUUUGACGCCUCUAUACACCGGGAGCUUUAAUAGAAGUCGUCGUGAAAUUUAUGCAAAGAGAGCUGUUGAGUAUCUGAAGCGCCGGCGAAUUGGAGAUUUCAUGGGGGGUACACCGGCCUCACUGGAUGAGACCGGACAACAAUGGGACGCACCCAACGCUUGGCCGCCUCUUCAAUCCAUCAUGGUCCAAGGACUUCGGAACACCGGAGUGGAGCCUGCUAUGAGCGUUGCCAAGGUGCUUGCGACCAGGUGGCUGAGAGCUAUGUACCUCGGCUUUCAAAAAUAUGGAAAAAUGUUUGAAAAGUAUGAUGCGAGAGAACCGGGGAAAUUCGGCGCCGGAGGAGAGUACAUCUGCCAGCAAGGCUUCGGAUGGACCAAUGGAGUGGUUUUUGAAUUUUUGGAUAUUUAUCCCAACGUCACUGCCAAUGAAUUGCUCUGCACAACUUGCUCUGCUGAUCUCAAUUGAGGCAUUG